AUGAUUAAAUUUGUGUUAUCUAUAUCCAAAUAUACCAUUUCAAAUCAAUUAAAAGCGAUUUAGCAAUUGAAAAUAAAUAAAGAGAAAUUCCAACCAUUAGAAUUGAGAAAGCAGUUAUGGGAUUUGAUUUAAAAUCUAACAGAUUAGGAUAGCUCAUAAUUCAUUGAUAUUUAUAAAGAAUUCGAUUAUGAUUAUAGAGAUAUUGCAGAAUUUUAUAACAAAAAUCAUAUCGCUCAUGAUCUUAUUGUUAAAAAACAUUAAAAAAAUGAACCAAAAGCCAUAAUUGAUUCAGCUUAUUAACAUUUAUUAUUAUUAUAGCCAACUCGUUAAUUUGUAGCAGAAUUUGAUUAUGAAAAUUUACAAUAAUACUUAAAUGAAGAUGGUAUGAAGAAUAUUUUAUCUGAAACUUAAAAAGACACUUUGAAGAGAGCAUAUUAUCAAAUUAUUGAAAAUACAUUUUAUGGAUUAUAUUUACAAGCAACUAAUAGAGGAUAGGAUUAAAUUAAACUAGUUGAAAUGUUGAAGAAAUUAGAAUAAUUAUUACUCGAUGAAUAAAAUCCAAAUGAAUUAAUUUGGAAAACUUUCAUCUUUAGUAAUUUACAAAGUGGAAAUGAAAAAGUAAUAAAUUAUUUUGCAUUUGUUAUGCAAAAUGUCGAAGAUGUGACUUAAAAAGAGUUAAUUGUAUAUGCAUAAAUUGUUUUUCUAUUUUCAUAAAAAUUUGGAAAUCAUAAAACAGUGUCUAUAUUAUAAAAAAGGUUAACAGUAUACUUGAAUAAAUUGAAAGACUAGUUAUCAUUAUAGGAUAGAUUAUUCUUUUUAAAAAAGAGUUAAAAAGAAUUGGAUAUUCCAAAUAAAUAAUAAUUAUUUUGCAAAUAAAUUUAUGAACAAAUUAGAGAUGUUUCAAUUUAAAAUUAUCCAUCUACUUUAAAAGGACUCUGCAAUUUUUAUUGGGUAGAAAUUAAAAUAGUAGAAGAAGAAGAAUUUGUAUAUUAAUUAUAUUAUAUAAUUAGAUUGAAAGAAAUAUGGAGAAAUUUACAAAACAAAUAGAAAUAAUUGAUUUGUUAUUUGGUUUAAUUUAUGCUAACUCAUAAAAUAUAAAAUUGAUUAAGAGUCUUUUUGGUAAUUUAUAAAACCUAAUGGAAAAAUCAAGUACUUUAGAAAAAUGCUAUUAUUAUUAAAUUAUAUAUAUUCUUGAAAAUAGCUACAAUCUAACACUCAAUGUUGAAAAUAAAGAAGAACUUAAAUCUAUUUAUUUUAAUGCUACAAAUUUAAAACAUUAACCAGAAUUUAGUUAGGCAAAUUUAUAUCUGGAUGAAAUUCUAUAGGAAAUUUAAUAAGAAUUAAAUAAUUAAAAACGACCUGAUUGGCGUAUCAUAAAAAUAAAGAAACAAGCUAAUGUGCAAAUUUAUCAAGUAGACUUUAUUGUUGAAUUAGAAGGUAUUUAUAGGAAGAGAUUAAUUUAUCUUGAUUUUAUUUAAAGAUAAUCUUAUAUAGAUGAAACAAAUCUUAUAGGAAAAUAAAGAAUUAGAUAAAAUAUAUUUAAAACAGAAGAGAUUACUUAUAUUGAUUUUAGAACAUGGUAUAAAUAAGAUGAUAAGGUUGCCUAUGUUAAGUAAUUACUAGGGUUGUGA